ACAGAGCAAAGAUUUGUUUCAAUCCUUUUGUCCAAGUACUUGCUCUCAUAAGAAAACUGUGUUUUUUUUAGUAUAUAUAAAUUUUUCUUCUAAUUUUUCUUAGACACCUGAAAUAUAAUCAAUAGAACAUAUAUACAUUUAUAUAUUGCCUUAUCACCCUUUUGAUUUUUCUGAAGAAGGGGAAAAACAGAAAAGAAAAAAGAAUGGCAUUUACAGGAACUUUGGAUAAAUGCAAGGCUUGUGAUAGGACUGUUUAUGUGGUUGACAGCAUGUCUCUCGAAGGAGUGCCUUACCAUAAAGCAUGCUUCAAGUGCAGCCAUUGCAAAGGAACUCUUUCGAUGAGCAGCUACUCCUCCAUGGAUGGGGUUCUCUAUUGCAAGCCUCAUUUUGAGCAGCUUUUCAAGGAAUCUGGAAAUUUUAGCAAGAAUUUUCAGACAGCGAAGUCUUCUGACAGGCAACAUGAUCUGUCAAGGGCUCCUAGCAAGCUCUCAUCCAUGUUCUGUGGAACCCAAGACAAAUGUGCCACUUGCUCAAAAACUGUCUAUCCACUGGAGAAGGUAUCACUCGAGGGAGAGUGUUACCACAAGACAUGCUUUAGGUGUGCUCAUGGAGGGUGUCCCCUGACUCAUUCUUCCUAUGCUGCUCUUGAUGGCGUGCUCUACUGCAAGCACCACUUUCAGCAGCUCUUCAUGGAGAAAGGCAACUACAGCCACGUCCUCCAAGCGGCUGCUCACCGGAAAAAUGCCACUCCGCCGCCCGAAUCCACUGACGAGGCGUCGGAGCCCGCCGUUUCCGACGACUAGAGACUCAAAAAGUUAUAUUUAAUACCAUACAGAAAAUGGAAGUUUUUAUUGGGUGGCAUGACAUGGCAUACAUGCAUCCAUGCACGCACGCACUGUCUCUCCCAUAUAUCCUCUCCAAAUUCAUGUCUAACUUGUUCAGCAAAAUGAAUUUUUGAGCUUGUUAAGCUAGUUUUGAGAGAUUUUUUUUCCUUUCUAAUUAUGUUGUUUAAGGAAAUUAUAUGAAUUAAGAUAUAUUUAUUGAUAUUUUUUUCAUUAUUUUUGUUUGUUGUUGGUCAAGAAAUGUAUGAUUUUUUAUUUUUUAGACACGGAUUUCCUCUGAUUUUAUGAGAUUUUGUACUUUUCUUUCCAGUUUCCCAUGAGAUAGUCAUAUCACAGACUCCUCGUUGAAGGAAUCUCAACU